GAAAAAGAAAAAGAAACGGUUUUCCGAUUUUCCAUUUCCCAUUUGCCUCGCCUUUCUCGUUUUCGAUUCCCAUUUUCAAGUCUUUCACUUCGCCAUUCUGGAAAACAGAGAAAGAAAAACAGGGUUUUUUAUUCUUCUUUUCUUUCUUUCGUUCGUUUAUUUUGUCGCGUGAAAUAACUGCUUGAGGCUGCCAAGAAAAUAAAUCUUUUCUCCUCGAUUCAGCCUGUCGCUUUCCUGGGAAUGUUUAUAGCCCUCCAAGUUUCUUUCCCUCUUGCCUUAUCUCACCAUCUUCUUUUCGGCACAUUUCGCAUGCUCACUACCGGUCGGUUCUCUAUCUUUAUCUCUAUCUUUCCUGUUUCCUGGGUUUUUGGGUGAUUGAUUUUUGUAUUGGGUUUCUUUUUUUUAGUAUCUGGGGUUUUGUUAAUUUUUCCUGAUUUGCGAGAUCUAGGGAAUGUUUUUGUUGAUGCUGUUGUGGGUAGAGGAUUAAUUUUGUUGGGGUUAUUUUAUAAUGGUUUGAGGAAUUCUCGAGUUUUUGGAUUGAGAUUUGAUCUGGGGUUUUGUAAUUUUUGAAGCGUGUGUGUGUGUGAUUGUAUCUUGGCUCUGGGGGGGGGGGGGUUUAGAGAUGAAGAUUGAAGAUGGGUUGCGGAGUGUUGGUGGGAAGGAUGAGGAUAAGACAGUGGUUGCUGCUGUUUUGGGGACUCGGGCUUUUAAUUACUUGAUGUCUUGCUCUGUUUCGAAUGAGAAUCUGUUUAUGGCUGUGAGGAACGAGGCGAAUUUGCAGAACAAGCUGUCGGAUCUGGUGGAGAGACCCAACGCUUCGAAUUUUAGCUGGAACUAUGCAAUUUUCUGGCAACUUUCCCAUUCAAAUUCUGGGGACUGGGUUUUGGGAUGGGGAGAUGGAUUGUGUAGAGAUCCUAGGGAAGGAGAGGAAACGGAAGCUACACAGAUUCUUAGUCUUCGGCUUGAAGACGAGAGCCAACAGAGGAUGAAGAAAACAGCACUGCAGAAGCUUCACACGCUGUUUGGAGGCUCUGAUGAGGACAAUUACGCCCUUGGAUUGGACAGAGUCACUGAUACUGAGAUGUUUUUUCUUGCUUCCAUGUAUUUCUCCUUCCCUAGUGGAGAGGGGGGCCCUGGGAAGUGUUUGGCGUCCAGGAAACAUAUCUGGCUUUUGGAUGUGCUCAAUUCGCCAUCGGAGUAUUGUGUGAGAUCGUAUCUGGCAAAAUCCGCCGGGAUUCGGACGGUUGUUCUGGUGCCAACCGAUGUCGGAGUAGUUGAAUUGGGUUCUGUGAGAUCUGUGAGUGAGAGCUUAGAGUUGGUGCAGUUGGUUAGAUCAUUGUUUUCAUCCCAACCUUCCCUCGACCGAGUGAGGUCGUCGGCAACAAUGUCCAUGAUGGCUGAAAGAAAAGAUGAAAACGCCCCAUUUGUGAGUUUGGGAAUUGCUGAAAGAGGAGGGGGGAAUCCUAAGGUUUUUGGGCAGACUUUGAACUCGGGGAACCUGGGUCGAUCUCAUUUCAGAGAGAAACUGGCGAUUAGGAAGAUGGAUGAUAGGUCAUGGGAAGCAUGUGCCAAUGGAGGUAGAAUUCAGUUUCAAAGCCCCCGAAAUGGCCUUCGCAGUCCGAGUUUGGCACAUGUUCAUGGUCUCAAGCAAGGGAACACUACAGAAGUUUAUGGCUCUCCAACUCCACCAGCAAAUAAUAAUCACGAGCAGCUAGUCAAUGGAGUUAGAGAUGAAUAUUGUCUCAAUCCCUAUCAGUCGCAAAAGCUGGCCCAAAUGCAAAUUGAUUUUUCUGGAGCAACAUCGAGGCCUUCUGUGAUUAACCGUGUAGGUGUGGAUUCGGAGCAUUCAGAUGUAGAGCCUCAAUGCAAAGAAGAGGGGCCUGGCACCGAUGAAAGACGACCUCGCAAACGAGGCAGAAAGCCUGCAAAUGGCAGGGAGGAACCACUGAAUCACGUUGAGGCAGAGAGGCAGCGCCGUGAAAAGUUGAACCAACGGUUCUAUGCUUUACGAGCUGUUGUGCCCAAUAUCUCGAAAAUGGACAAAGCUUCAUUGCUGGGAGAUGCCAUUGCUUACAUUAACGAGCUUCAAACAAAAGUGAAGGCCAUGGAAGUUGAACGUGAGAAAUCGGGGGUCACCUCAAGUGAAGCAACCCCGUCGGAGGUGAACCCAGAAAUUGAAAAGAAAGACCAAUUCCUUGAUGUCGAUAUCGACAUUGAAGCUGGUCAUGACGAAGUGAUCGUGAAGGUUAGCUGCCCAUUAGAGUCACAUCCUGCAUCAAGAGUAAUCAAGGCCAUGAAAGAGGCUCAGAUCAACGUUGUUGAUUCAAAACUGUGUGAAGCAAAUGAUACGGUCGUGCACACAUUUGUGAUAAAGUCUCCGGGAUCGGAGCAGUUGACGAAGGAACAGUUGAUAGCUGCAUUUUCCCGGGACUCGACUCCGUUACACCCUCCGCUAUCAACAGUUGGGUAAGUAGCAGAAGAAGUAGAGUAACAUAGUUGCAUACAUAUAUAGAUUGAUUAGAGUAUGGUAGUGAGAAGAGGCGAAAGUGAAAAGCUUGUUGUUGUUCAGAAGUUUUGAUUACAGCAGCAGGUAUUGUUGUUUAGGCAAAUAACUAUUUAUGAUUAACCAAGUAGGAGAGCAGAAUGUGUGGUGUUAAUAGUACACAUUGUUAUUAUGGUAACUAUUUUGUGUCGGAAUGAAUCUGUAAGUUAGGGAGUUGUUGUUUUGGGUUAUUAAGAAUCUCCGGAACUGUGUACGUUGUUUUUAAUGUCAACUCCCCAAAUUCUUUUGUUCCUUA